AUGCCGCCAAAGAAAAAGCAAAAGCUCGAAAGGCUCGAAAAACUCGACAAACCCACCUUACAUACCUGCAACAAGACGUCCUUUGCAAAGGCUUUCUUGCCUAAUGAGACCUACCGGCAGCGUCUUCUAGAUUACAUCGCCAUCAUCCAUCAACUCGCUUCCCACGCUUCCCACGCUCUCAAAUUCUACACCCUAUCUGCACCAUCCUUCACCGUGAAUGAGGAGACCAUCGAAGCGAUUCUCUACCUUCUCAACAAGGGGGAGGCUUGGCAUCCAAGAAAGGAAGCAAAGAAGGCAUGGCGGGAUUGUUUGCUGCCAUAUGUUCAACGGUACUGCCAAAUCGUCGGCUUUGUUCACCCAAAUCUACGAGGCGAGCAGCAAUCAGUCAAUUACCUGACAGUGAGUAUGAUGACGAACCUGAAAGUCAACGUUCAAGAGCAUUUCAUGCAGAUGCUCCUUCGGUAUAUCAAUCUGCGGCUCGACGUGAAGGGACGGAAAGGGCCUCCAAAGAGUGAAGCGCGGAAAGCUUUCUUUGCUCGGCUACGCUACUUGAAGUCAAUUUUCCUUUUUGAUAUUGUGCCCGAGUCACUUGAUGACUUGACUGCUAAAGAGAGUGAACUUCUAGAAGAGAUGUGGUCCUUCAUUCCCCUUUCUGACCAGCAGCUCGCAUAUUCGGUUGCUGUAGACCCUCUCGCUUUCUUUCCUGCAUACUGCAAACUCUCUGGGCUGUAUGAACGACAUGGCUUCCGUCGGUUCAGUGCAAUCCCUCUUCGUCGGUCUCUGAUUCAGUCCCAUAUUCGCAUCGACACGGUCAUUCUCUACGCCCACAUCCUCUGCAUCACCCGCCAAGAAGCAGAAGCCGUAGAGAAGGUCGAUUUAUGGUUGCGCGUCUGUAAUCUGCAGAACAAGGCUUUUAGAUCUCGUCGUAGAAUGUGGUUUGAAGGCUCGAUCACGACGGACGGAACCUCGGUGUCUGUAUACUUAAAGCACCCAGAAGCAGACAAGUAUGGAAAGCGCAGCGGAGGGAAAAAGUCAGCAAACACGAUGGAGGCAGAGGUUAAAGCGCUUUAUGUGGAAAACAACUUAUCUGCUUGUCAAGAGAACUUUGUCGUUAUUGACCCAAACAAGCGCGAUCUUCUCUACUGCCAAGACAGCAAUGGUACAACGUUUCGCUACACCGCAAACCAGCGAGCCAUGGAGACAGGCAGCCGGCGAUUUGCAAGGGAGCGGGAAGCAAUGAAAGCCGGCGGUAUUGACCUCAUAGAAUCACGUAUUUCAAGCCACAAGACGAUGAACCUCAUAGACUUCAUGCGUUACCUUCUCGUUCGCCGCGCUGAUUGGGAUCGUCGCAAGGAAUUCUAUGCCCACCCUGCUCAUACUCGAUGGAAAUGGCAUGCAUCUAUAAACCGUCAGAAGAGCGAAUCGAACCUCAUAUCCAACUUGCACAACAAGUACGGUGAAAACUUCACCAUUGUGAUGGGUGAUUGGAGCGACGCCGGUCGAACUGCGAGAUUUCAGAUCUCAUCAAAGACGAAAGGUUGGCGCACCCUCUUUAAGCGGAACAGGAUCAACUGCUUCCUUCUCGACGAGUACAAGACCUCAUCUGUUUGCCCUCGCUGUUUGGCCUCAUCCAACGACUUCCUCAAAAAAGGCUUCAAAACACGAGCUCAUUCAAGACCUUAUCGACGACGAGAAGGCAAGGUUGAAAAAGUCCACGGAUUGCUGGGUUGUACCAACCCUAACUGUUUGCAGCAAGCCUGGACAUCGGGAAUGCGCUACUGGAAUCGAGAUACGCUGUCAACCUGCAACAUGCUAAUGAUUGUGAGAUCAAUGUUGGAUGGGCACUGUAGACCAGAAGUGUUCAGCAGGAGGAGUGUUCCAGCCGUAGCGUAGAACGUAGAUUGGUUAGAUUAGGUUUUCCGAACCGGUUGUCGCGCGGUUCAAUCCCUGGUGCCGCCAAUACCCAUCGGCUCCGCACUAUGCAACUCUCAUAAAUUAUCAUUAUCAGUCAAAAG